UGGCGCAAAUCCACAUUAAACUCAUUUUCUACAGAACAUUACGAAAUACAAUUCGUGUUUUCAGAUGACAUGGUUUGGCAGCAUGGCUCCUACCGAACAGUCUUGGUUUAUGCUGACAUUUAAAAUACCCGGGCAAAUUUAAAAAAAAAAAAAAUUUUAUUGAGGAACUUCAGGAACCGUCAACAUCGACAAAAAGAGUCAGGUUACACAGAGAAAGUGAGACACAAGCAGAUCGAGAGAGAAGGUUCGCUGAUUAACGUAUAUGACAAUCACAAUUGAGGGCCUCACAAACACCCAAACAACGUGCUGAACAGAAUCGGAGUCGAUGGAUGCUGUAUUCACAGGCUACCACAACACAGGUAUUAGUUGCCUGAUGUGAGCCACAAAUUCCUCCUGAUUUUGCAUUUUAUUUUUUUCCCUUCCGCUCAGUGAGCGAAGCCACUGGGUAAUCUUCUAGUAAUCUAUUAAAAGAGAUUUUUGUUUAAAAAUGUUUUACUUUUUUGUUAAUUCUGUUUUAGGUUUUGUUUUUGUAUAUAUAUAUUUUUUUGGUAUUGCAUUAAGUAUUUUGUUUAUAUAUUUUUAAAAAUAUGUUCCUUGUGUUCUAUGAAUGGAACCCCAAGGGGCAGGCCCUCCCUGAUGUUACUGCUACGGGUCCACCCUCCGCAUUUAAAUUUAGGGUGUGGAGAUUGGUCUAUCAGACUGUGAGGAAGAGUUGUGAUUCGUGGAUUCAAGACAAAUUUGGCCUGCCUGUUGAAUUUGGAGCUAGGCUUCCCGAGAUACCUCCUUGUCAUAGGGAGAGGGUGGUUAUGAAAGAGGAGAUGUGCGAGUCUGUGCAGAGCCGUACUGAAGGUGAAGAAGAGGUGUCCCAUGAAUCAUUGACAUGUGCUUGGGAGAAAGAGGUUGCAGUGGAUUCUAUUCCUAUGGCUGUGUCAGUGGAGUAUUGCUCAGUUACAAUUAAAAAAGAGUUUGAACCUGAACCUAAUUACGACACUAUAAAAGUUGAAUUUAGUGAUUCAAGAUCGCAGGAAGCCUUUGAAAGUCAAUAUGAACUUAUUAAAGUGGAAGUUGUAGAACCGCAAUGUGACCUUCUUAAAGCAGAGUUUUAUGAUUCAAAAUAUGACGAUGUUCCAGGGAACAGUUUUGAAUACCAUUGUGGACUUGUUAAAGAGGAAGAUGUUAAACCACAGUGUGACCUCAUUAAAGAAGAAGUUUGUGAUCCAACAUAUGACCCCAUCAAGGAGGAGAUUUUUGAAUAUCAAUAUGGUUUGAUUAAAGAAGAGGCAACUGCUUCCCAGAUUGACCUCUUUAAAGAGGUUUAUGAUUUGAGGCAUGACCUUACUCAAGAAGGGGGGUUUGAGUACAAAUAUGUCAUUUGUAAAGAGAAAGCUGUUGAACCUUGUGGUAGUUUCAUUGAAGAGGACCUCAGUCCAGUACUCGUUACAGAUGUUCUUGAUUCAUCGCUUGACCUUGUAUUAAAAUGUGAUCCUGCAAAAAAAUUGGAGAAAAACACAUUACAUCAAGAGUCGUGUUCAAGUAACAGAUACACAGCUGCUCUGAGAUCGUCUCAGAGGAGAUGCAACUGCCCUCAACAGACAGAAUCAUUAUGUGACAAGAAAGAAGGAUCUGGUGUAGAUGUAUCAAAGGAUAAGAAAGAGACAACUUGUUUUGGCCGUGGGCCAGGAAAAAUAAACGUGACUUGCAAAUAUGCAACUGAAGACCAGCAGCAUAUUCAUCUCAUUGAGGACCCCCGUUAUACUAAAAGUGAUACUUUGAUUAAAUCAGAAAAUCCAGAACUACAGACGUAUACAAAAAGGAUCCAAAACAGUAGAACCAAGGUUUUGAAGAGGGCCACCAAGUCAAAAGUCCUGAAGCUUCCUUCUAGAACUAAUAUUACAAAGACAGUAAAUGACCGUGUCUGCUAUGAGAAGAUAUUUAAAAGGGGAAAUGUUACUAAGCAGCAACAGCAGAGUAUUCACGCAAAAGAGACUAACCCCCAAAAGAGGCAAUAUCAUGGCACACAAUGCCCAAAAAGCUUCACAUCUUCAGGUCUUCUUAAAAAUCACCAGUUAUUUCAGUCAUUGUUCUGUAGUGAAUGUGGAAAGAAUUUCAGAAGAAAACAUGAUCUUCAAAAACAUGAGAGAGUUCACACAGGAGAGAGGCCAUAUAGUUGUGUACAAUGUGGCAAAAGUUUUACACAAACAAGUCACCUUUACCAACACCAGAGACGCCAUACUUCUGAUAAGCCGUGUCCUCCUAUCAAGAUAUACAACUGUACAGAAUGUGGAAUGAAGUUCACCAGUAAAAAUGCGUUUCAGCUGCAUCAGAGAAUACAUACUAAAGCAAAUAUUUUCUCUUGUGCAGAAUGUGGUAAGAAGUUCACAAGGGAACAUGCUUUUCAAAAGCAUCAGCAAUUUCACGCUGGAGAAAAAACAUUUAUGUUAGGGCAAUAUAAAAAGAAAUUCCCACAAAAGGGUCUCCCUAAUUAUGAAAAACAUCAGAGUACGGAGAACCCAUGCACGCGGGUUACAGAUAAGUUGUACUGCUGUACAGAAUGUGGAAAGACAUUCACAGUGAAGUAUACUUUUCACCAGCAUCAGCGUAUCCACACUGGAGAAAAUCUGUUCUAUUGUGCCGAUUGUGGCAAAAAGUUUAUUAGGAAACAUGAUUUUCAAAAACACCAGCGGGUGCACACUGGAGAGAGGCCCUAUUGUUGUGAACAAUGUGGAAAGAAGUACAAACAAAUAAGUCAUCUGCGUCAACACCAGAGGUCUCACACAGGUCAGUAUUCUAACUGGUAUACUAUCGAGAGCGUGCACUGCUGUCGCGAAUGUGGAAAGACUUUCACAUCAAAAAGCGGUAUGCAAAAUCACCAGAAAUCCCAUCGCAGCGAAGAUUUGUUUUCCUGUAACGAUUGUGGAAAGGAGUUCAAGCUGAAGGCAAAUUUCCAGAAACAUCUAAAAGUUCAUUUUGAUGGAAAAGCCUAUUAUUGUAAAGACUGCGGGAAGACAUUUGUACUGAAAUCUGAGUUUCAGAAACACCAAAGAGUUCACAAUAUGGCAAAAGCACAUUGCUGUACUGAAUGCGGGAGAAAAUUUACAAGGAAAUGUGAGCUUGAAAAACACAGUAGAAUACAUGAUGAAGAGAAGCCUAGAAGAAGCAGUAGGACACGGGUUUAAAGAAAUGAGCAAGUGAUAGAAACUACAUUCACUUCUUAAACUAAGACUUGUGGUAAGUGAAGCCUUUGAUUACACUGGACAACCUUUUUGAAGAGUUUUGCUUCCUGAAUCAUUUUGGUGAUUGUUAAAAACUGCUUCAAGUUGAACACUAAAAUAUUGUGUACAAUUUGGAGAAGCAUUAAAUUAUCCUUUGAAUUUAGAGUGUUUUAAUUGUUAAUUGAUGCUAACAGUUUUUCUGUUGAUUUUAAAUUGUUCUCUGCAUCUGAAGAUUCUAGUUUCAAUGUCCAGCAACAGUUGUUCAGCAUUUGAUGAAUUCCCCUUGCCCUAUUACUGCUUCUGCAUUGUUUCAAUCUCCUGGUGAGUCUUUUCACUAUUUUCAUCACUGACUACUGCACCAUGAUUAGCAGGGAAGAAGCCCAAGUGUGAAUGUAAAAAAUAAAUCUUUAAGCUGCAUGCUUCACAAAUGCAAAAACCAUGAAGUCCGACAUGUUCUCAGCUAGCUGGAUGUAAUUUGAUACUCUGUAGUUGCUGAGAAAAUUCUUAACAUCCUUUAAUGUUUUCCAUGAGAUUUCCUCCAGGCCCACUUACAUAUCUUCAAAGCACUUGGAUGUGUGGACUAACAAAAAUGCCUUCCUUAAUCUUGGCAUCAUUUUUUGUGGAAGCUUCUGCCUCAGAUAUUGAAAUCCUUCACCAUACGUUUUUCAUAAAAAUGUUGUAUAUGAACAAGAGGUGAAAAUAUCUUUAUGGGGUCAACAAUAUGCCAUUUGUUUGUCCUAGAACCAAAUGCUUAUGAAGUGUUCAGUUCUUUUUAAUAUACCAUAUAUACUCGCAUUCAAGUUCUCCCACAAAUAAGUUGGGUACUUGAUUUUUACCGUAUAGUUUCCUGUAUUUUAUCAUUUCGAUCAUAUAAGUUGAAUGCGGAAAACUCGCGCCAUUGGUCCAAGAGAUUAUGAUAUGCUAACACCCACCGGAGAGUGUAACCACGGGGCCACACUGCCUUUUUUUUCCCUAUGUAUUGUGUCUACGUGACCACACGGUAAUACUCGAACUCUUCCGAAGUGACGU